AUGGCGGCCCUGAUGAGCCACAGGUUUGUUCCAGCACAAUAUAACCGGGAGCUGCUCACUAGACUCCGACGGUUGACUCAAGGAACAAAGACCGUGGAAGAUUAUUUCCAAGAGAUGGAACGACUUAUGCUAAAGGCCGAUGUGGAUGAAACAACGGACGCGACCAUGGCCCGAUUUCUAAGUGGUCUGAACCGGGAUCUACAAGACCGAAUGGAGCUACAGAAGUACGCGAGCUUACCCGAGAUGUUGCACAAGGCCAUAUCGGUGGAACAACAGCUCAAGAGGAAGGGAACCUCUCGGCCCGCCUAUGGAACUAGCUCCCGGCUGAACUACCAAGAAGACAAGACCACUUAUCCAGCCCGGUCCGAUACGCGGUUUAAACCAGAAACCAAUCCAAGUUCCUCCACAGCCGAUUACCGAGGAAAAGCCGAGGGUACACCGGCUAGGACGCGAGACAUCGAGUGCUUUAAAUGCCGAGGUAAAGGGAAUUACACGAAUAAGUGUCCUAAUCAGCGUGCCAUGUUGAUUCUUGAUUCAGGUGAGAUCGUGUCUGAGGGAGAAGAAGACACUGGUCCUAAAUAUGAUGAUGAAGACGCUGAAAAAUAUGCGGCCGAGGGAGAGCUGUUAGUUGCAAGGCGAGUUCUACUAGCCCAUGAACCGGUUAAAGAGGAAGACCAAAGGGAGAACCUGUUCCACACGCGGUGCCAUGUGAUGGGCAAAGUUUAUAGCCUUAUUAUCGAUGGAGAGAGCUGUACGAAUGUCGCUAGUACCACUAUGGUGGAGAAGCUCGGCCUGGAAACACGCAAGCACCCUCAGCCCUACAGCCUCCGAUGGUUAAACAAUCAAAGACAGCUGAAGGUGACCAAACAGGUGUCGGUACCCUUGUCCAUUGGCCGAUAUGAAGACCAAGUUGUUUGCGAUGUAUUGCCUAUGGAAGUGGGUCAUAUCCUUCUAGGCCGUCCAUGGCAGUUUGAUAAGAAAGCCAUCCAUGCUGGAUUCACCAUCAAGCACACGUUUGAGCACCAUGGCCGAAAUAUCACCCUGGCGCCUUUAUCACCGCGAGAUGUUUAUCUAGACCAGAUGAAGCUUGAGCAAAGUAACAAAGGAAAGAGUGUAGUGAGCGAACCCCCAAACACCUCCACUAAAAAUGAAAGCCUGAGAGAACCCCCAGAAAAGGCCUUUCAGGGAACACUCGUGAGCAAAGAAACUCUUUUCGUGAGACCUUGUGAGCUUAAGCACGCGGUGCACACCAAACAAUCUCUCGUCCUACUAAUGUUUAAAUCUGCUUUGGCUAGCCUAACUGACCCACAGCCGGAUUUUCCGAGCAGUGUCUUACCCCUUUUGCAGGAAUUUAAAGACGUUUUCCCCGAUGAGAGCCCAGCGGUUUACCACCCAUACGCAGGAUUGAACACCAAAUAG